CCCCGGCUCCGAGGUGGCUGUGUGGUUGUCGGGGGCAGCCGCUGCCGGGAUUAGACGCUGCUCGCUAAAUCCUUGGCUGCGUUGAGGCGGCGGCGGCUUUAAUCCUGAGCUCCCCUUCCACUCCCCGCGCCCAGUUAAGCCGCGCUAAUCGCAGGCGCCUGGCUCGGCCGGGGCCGCCAGGCCUGGGCCCGAUCGCGGGCAGUGGGCUCGCUCCAUCGCCUCUCGGGCGCAGCCAUGGAGCAGCGGCGGGUGCGGCCGCGGUACUGCGCCCCGUCUUCGCCACCAGGUCGCAGCGGGAGGGAGAACAAGGGGCUCCGUCGGAAAGGCCCGUUGGGGACCGGGAGCGCUGGCGGCUUUGAGGAGUCGGUGGCGGACGGCAGGAAACCCAAAUUCCUGGAUAGAUUUGCCAGUAUAAGAAUUCCAGGAAGUAAAAAGGAAAGACCUCCUCUGCCACAUAUGAAGCAGUCACAUUCUACAGACUGGUCAUCCACAUCUCUGGAUGCAGAGGAUUUUGCUCCAAAGCCCCUGUCAGAAAGAGAAAUCAUAGCAUUGUUUGAAAGAAUGAUGGAAGAUAUGAAUUUAAAUGAAGACAAGAAGAUGCCAUUGAGAGAAAAAGAUUUUAAUACCAAAAAAGAAAUGGUGAUGCAAUAUAUUAGUACUGCUUCAAAAUCUGGAAGUCUCAAGAACAGUCGGAAGAUUUCACCGCAGGAGUUUAUUCAGGAAUUAAAAUCUGGGUCGAUAGAUGAAAGGCUAGUCACUUGCUUAGAAUCUCUUCGUGUGUCCUUGACUAGUAAUCCUGUCAGCUGGGUUGAAAACUUUGGCCGUGAAGGUCUGGGGCUGCUGUUGGAUGUUUUGGAAAGAUUGGUGGAGGUGAAAAACCAGGACAAAGUUGUGAAGAGGAGUCAGCAUAAGGUUGUACAGUGUUUGAGAGCCUUCAUGAAUAAUAAGUAUGGAUUGGAAAGAAUUAUGGGAGAAGAGAGGAGCCUUUUGUUGCUGAUCAAAGCAAUUGAUCCCAAGCAAACUAACAUGAUGACGGAUAUAGUUAAGCUCCUUUCUGCAAUGUGCAUUGUUGGAGAGGAAAACAUCCUUGAAAAAAUUUUGGAAGCUAUAACGGCAGCAGCAGAGGAAAGGAAUGUUGAUAGGUUCUCUCCUAUUGUAGAAGGUCUUCAGGAUAACUCAGUUCAGCUGCAAGUGGCUUGCAUGCAGCUUAUCAAUGCUCUUGUUACAUCUCCUGAUGACUUGGAUUUUAGACUUCACAUCAGAAAUGAAUUUAUGCGCAGUGGAUUGAAAGAUGUAUUGCCACAAUUGAGAUGUAUAAAGAAUGAAGCACUAGAUAUUCAGCUGAAAGUGUUCAAUGAGCAUAAGGAAGAAGACAUGAUUGAAUUCUCUCAUCGUUUAGAAGAUAUUAGGUCUGAACUAGAUGAAGUAAAUGAUGUUUACAACAUGGUGUGGAAUACAGUUAAGGACACUAGUGCUGAAGGAUAUUUUCUUUCUAUUCUCCAACAUCUUCUGCUGAUAAGAAAUGAUUAUUUUAUACGUCCUCAGUAUUUCAAAUUAAUUGAAGAGUGUGUGUCCCAGAUAGUGCUACACAGAAGUGGAACAGACCCUGAUUUCACCUAUCGUAAAAGAUUAGAUAUAGAUUUCAGCCAUCUACUAGAUAUUUGUGUAGAUAAAGCAAGAUUAGAAGAAUGUGAAGAGAGAGCUUCUGAACUUUCCAGAAAAUUUGAAAAAGAUUUUAUAGUUCAUCAGGAGACUCAGGCACUACUGCAAAAGAAAGAAGAAAGAAUCAAUGAACUUGAAGCAGAAUUGCAGGCUUUUAAAUCACAGUAUGGCUCCAUGCCACCGGGUUUUCCACCACCAGCACGUGGAGAUGCAUCUGUUGUUCCACUGGAAGGUGUAGGACCACAUCAACUUCUGCCUCCUCCUCCACCACCAUUGCCUUCUAAUGGAGCAAUUCUACCACCACCGCCACCGCCUCCACCACCACCUUUGAAUGGAUUUGGAGUUCCUGUGGCUUUUGGAGGUGCUCCUCCACCACCACCUCUACCAGGCCUGCCUGGGGUCCAGUGGUCUCCACCUUCAUGUACUUUGCCAUUUGGAAUGAAGCCUAAAAAAGAAUUUAGACCUGAGGUUACCAUGAAACGACUCAACUGGUCCAAGAUUAGGCCUCAGGAAAUGACAGAAUCCUGUUUUUGGGUUAAAGCAGAAGAGGACAAGUAUGAGAAUGCUGACAUGCUUUGCAAGUUGGAACUUAAGUUUUGUUGUCAAAAAAGGGGAUGUGAGCUGAACUCUCCUGAAGAAGUAUCACUGAAAAAAGAUGAGGAGGAUUUUGAAGAGAGGAAAUCGAUUAAGAAACGAAUCAAAGAAUUGAAAGUUUUGGACCCAAAGAUUGCACAGAACCUGUCAAUUUUCCUUGGCUCUUUCCGAGUGCCUUAUGAGGAAAUAAAAAUUAUGAUAUUGGAAGUAGAUGAAACACAGUUGUCAGAAUCCAUGAUUCAGAAUUUAAUAAAACAUCUUCCUGAACAAGAACAAUUGAAUGCAUUGUCCAAGUUCAAGAGCGAGUAUAAUAAUUUGUCUGAGCCAGAGCAGUUUGGAAUUGUGAUGAGCAACGUGAAGAGACUGCGGCCACGGCUCAGUGCUAUUCUUUUUAAGCUUCAGUUUGAAGAGCAGGUGAACAACAUCAGACCUGACAUCAUGGCUGUCAGUGCUGCCUGUGAAGAGAUAAAGAAGAGUAAAAGCUUUAGCAAGCUGCUGGAACUAGUGUUGUUAAUGGGAAACUACAUGAAUGCAGGCUCUCGGAAUGCACAGACCUUUGGAUACAAUCUCAGCUCCCUAUGUAAACUGAAGGACACAAAGUCAACAGAUCAGAAAACAACAUUGCUCCAUUUUCUUGUAGAAGUGUGUGAAGAAAGAUAUCCAGAGGUCCUGAAUUUUGUUGAGGAUUUUCAGCAUUUAGAUAAAGCAAGUAAAGUGUCGGCAGAAAACCUGGAAAAGAGCUUGAAGCAUAUGGAGCAGCAACUCCAACAGCUUGAGAAGGAUCUGCAGACUUUUCCCAUUUCUGAAGAUAAGCAUGAUAAGUUUGUAGCAAAAAUGUCAAGCUUCCUACUUCAUGCCAGAGAGGAUUUUCAGAAACUUUCACGGAUCCAUGAGAACAUGGAAAAACUCUAUCAGAAUGUGAUGGGAUAUUACGCCAUUGAUCUGAAGAAAGUUUCAGUGGAGGAGUUUUUGACGGACUUGAACAACUUCAGGACAAUGUUCAUGGAAGCAGUAAAGGAGAACAUGAGAAGAAGAGAAGCAGAAGAAAAACAGAGGCGUGCUAAAAUAGCUAAGGAGAAAGCCGAGAAAGAAAAGCAAGAGAGGCAACAAAAGAAAAAGCGCUUGCUGGAAAUGAAAACAGAGGGUGAGGAGACUGGAGUGAUGGAUAGCUUGUUGGAGGCCUUGCAAUCAGGUGCAGCUUUUCGAGACCGAAGGAAAAGGAUACCAAGGUCUAAAGACACGCCACAAAAUCUCAGUCCAACCACACAACGGCCUGUGCUGAAAGCUUGUAACCAUGAGAACCAGAAAGGACAACUGGAGAAGUCAUGUUCACACCACAAUAUCAGUUUAAACUUGACAAGAAGCCCAGUCACCAAAGAAGUUACUUAUGAUGUGGAAACAAGUUCUACGGCAUGGAAUAAGGCUGUUGGCAGAAGGGAAGGCUGUCAUGGAGAAGGCAACAAAGAAAGGAAAACAGAUCGUGUCGGGUCUCCUUCUAAGGGGGAAGCUAUUCCAGAAGUAGAAGCGCUCCUGGCAAGACUACGAGCGCUAUAGAGUGUAGUGGAUUGAAUCAGAGCUGUAGUAGCCUACACCUGUAAAGAUACUCCAAUUUUCUGUUACUGCCAUCACACCAUUCUGAGUCCCCAACUCCUCUGUGGACAAACGAUCGACUUUUAAACCGUUUGCGUGCAAGAUUGUGCAAAAUGAUGCCGCAGUUCUGCGUCAUUGCAAGGUUAUUUUUAUUACAUGUUUUUAGCUACUGAGCAUACAAAAAAUCUCAGAAGAAAACAAGUUGUACAUUAUUCCACGACACAAUUCUCUUAGUAGACAAACUGCUGACCACGUGUUUUGAGAGCUUCUCCAAAUAGAAUACCUUUUAAAUACUGUUAAGUCCUCAUGCCUUGGAAUAAGGGGCAGUAAGUAACAGGAAAAAGUGUUCUUGUAUUUUCUACUGCAGUUUCUGUAUGUAAGAGUUUUUUUAGCACCUAAAAGGUAUUAUAGCAGCAUCCUUUGCAAUUAUGCUAAUAGGAAAAAUGUGUCCUGCAAAUCAUCCAUAUUCCACUUUGAGAUCGUCCCAGAGCACCAAAGCUCACUGAAUUUUGUACGUAUACAAAAAUGGAAAUCCAUGGCGGUAGAGAAGAAAUCUAUGCAAACUAUAUACUUUAUGUGUGAUUAAUCUCUCACCCUUGUUAAGCUUAGUUAUGAUUAUUAUAUAAAAAUAAUAUAUACCAUUUCUGUGAUUGCAAGGCUUUUGCAAUUGUGUUCAUAGCGGGGGGGUGGGGGGAGGGAAAUAUCUUCACAGUUAUUUACCAGAGCAAUACUUUAUCUUUUCGCCUGUGAGUUAAUACGUUUCUAUAAAAGGAACAUGUAAUGGAAACGGUUUUUACAACUGAUUUUGCACAAACUCAUUUUCCAGUAGCCUCUGAAGUCUUACUUGCUAGCACAGUAAGCAUCUUGCACAGAACUGCGUCUCUUGUAUCGUGCUGCCGUUGUGCACUGUUACGUCUUCGCUAUUGUAUUUAUGAAUCGCGCAUCAUAAAGGAUCGCUGCCUGUUCCCAGGAAGCUACUAUUAGCAUCUUUGUUCCGUCAUUUAAAUCUUCCUUAUUGUAAGAGUGUAUUAAGUAUCUCAUAUCUUUCUUCUGAAUCACUCUAUUUUUCUUUACAAAACGCUGAGAAUUAUCUCUCUCAGUAAGAGUCAGUUAGAGGAAAACAGUGUUUCAAUGCUCCAGCGCUUUUUACAUCAUCCCUGUUUCAAUUGCCUUCGUACUUCCUGCACUACAUAUUAAUAAAGUUCAUUAGAACUCUGAAA